AUGAUUGCCAUGUACUUGCCAGAUGAUGGAGAAUUUGGUGAAGCAAAAUGUCAUGUACGCCUUCAUCGAUUGGACUAUGUCCUUGCGGACGUCUGCAUCGACCAAAAUGAUAACUCACUAUAUGGCGAUGAUUACUCACCAUAUACCGAUGGUUACUCACUAUAUGUCGAUGAUGACUCACUAUAUGGCGAUGAUUACUCACCAUAUACCGAUGAUUACUCACUAUAUGCCGAUGAUGACUCACUAUAUGGCGAUGAUUACUCACCAUAUACCGAGGAUUACUCACUAUAUGCCGAUGAUGAAUCACUAUAUGGCGAUGAUUACUCAAUACACGUCGACGAUUACUCACUAUAUGCCGAUGAUGAAUCACUAUAUGGCGAUGAUUACUCACCAUAUACCGAUGAUUACUCACUAUAUGCCGCUGAUGACUCACUAUAUGGCGAUGAUUACUCAAUACACGUCGACGUUUACUCACUAUAUGCCGAUGAUGACUCACUAUAUGAUGAUAACUCACUAUAUGGCGAUGAUUACUCAGCAUAUACCGAUGGUUACUCACUAUAUGCCGAUGAUGACUCACUAUAUGGCGAUGAUUACUCACCAUAUACCGAUGAUUACUCACUAUAUGCCGAUGAUGACUCACUAUAUGGCGAUGAUUACUCACCAUAUACCGAGGAUUACUCACUAUAUGCCGAUGAUGAAUCACUAUAUGGCGAUGAUUACUCAAUACACGUCGACGAUUACUCACUAUAUGCCGAUGAUGACUCACUAUAUGGCGAUGAUUACUCACCAUAUACCGAUGAUUACUCACUAUAUGCCGCUGAUGACUCACUAUAUGGCGAUGAUUACUUACCAUAUACCGAUGAUUACUCACAAUAUGUUGACGAUUAUUUACUUUAUGCUGUUGCUUACAUCACUUAG